AGACCUGCAAAGAUAGUAAACACAAGAAUUGGUUGUUAAGUGACUUUUUCAUCAUUUACAUGAUUGAAUGGUCGCUAAAUGCAGUGCUAAAGGAGAGCUACCUGUAUAUAUUAACUACCUGAAUACUACCUGUAUUCAGAUACAGUAUCAACAUUUGUCUGUUUUCUGACAUAAUUGCUAACAGUUGUUUUGGACAGAUGGAUUUUUCCUUUGAUGGUGUAUUGAUUUCUUUGGGCUAGUUAGGUAUAUAUUGAAUCACUGAAUCUAAUGUUAAAACAGCAGCUCUAUUUUUAAUAGUAUUAAGUAAAUACUUUUAUUUAUAUAUUCAUAUAUAUUAUUCAUGAUUCCAAUAGAAAAUAUUUUUAUUUGCUAUUCAAAUGGAAUAACGCUUAUUCACAAAAAAUUGGAUUAUCAAUUCUGUAUCUUCAAGUAAAGCUUCAUUAUUGUACUUUUGCCUGUAUGUUGUUAUCUCUGUUUCCUCCUAAAUAAUAUACAGCACUGGAAAUAUCCUGCUAAUUUUGGAAAAGAAUCUGUUUGUACAAUCCAUUUCGGAAAUGAUAUUUCAGCCUUCUCUGGACAUCUAGGCAGAAAUAAGCUAGAAAUGCAAUUCACAGCUGGCAACUCAUGGGUAACAAGCAAAUGAUUUAUUUCCAGCAGCACAAUUUUCUCAAUUGAAGAUAUAAUCGGAAGUCAGAGGCCACCGAGAGACAAACUGAAUUUUUACCCUUCCAUGCCCCAUUUAAAAUAAUUUAUACACUUUGAGGUUGAAUUUUGGCAUUUGGAACAGAUUUUCAAAUCUGGUAUUUUUAAGCAUGAAAAUGAAAGUUUUAAAUCUCAGAAAUUUCCUAUUCCUAUCCCACUUUCAAAUCUUGAAGGAGAUAACUUUCCAUACUACUUGUAAUCAAGGAAAGAGGGUGAAUUACUUACCCCUAAAUUAAUGAAGUAUAACCUGAGUAUAUUUUUACUUAUCCAAACAAAGAAUAUUUUAGUGUUAUUUCUUCGAUAUUGGGGCUGAUAAAAAAUAUUUAAAAAGCAAAUUAUGAAAAAAAUGGAUUCAAAAUAAAUGCCAGAUUUAUGAAUCCAUACUUGGCUUAGUUGGAAUUCUUUCCCCAAAUUCUUUGCACUUUCUUUGUCACCUCCAGCAAGCAGAAUCCUUUCAAUUUUUUAAAUUUUUCUUUCAUGAAUUUCAAGCACACAUCUCAUUUUUUCCCUUUUUAUAAUUUGUCCAAUGGUUCUUGGCAGCAUUGAUUUUUUUUUGAUAGAAAAGAAAAUGUGGUCCAUGGAAGCACAAUAAAGAUGGUGAGGAACUUAGCCGUUGAAUGGAAAUCUUUAGAGGGAGACCCAAACUUGAAAAUUUUCCAUCUGAGAGAGCUAUUCAAGAGCAGAAUAGUCUGCCUCCUGAGUUCUAGGUGCUCCAUAAAUUAGAUUUUUGAAUGCGUGACAACUAUUUAUAUGGGAGGAUAUGAGGAUUCCUGCCAUGAACAGGUGUAAGUAUUAAUCUUGAAGGCCUCUUUCGAGACAGAGUUUGUUUAAAAAUAAUAAAUGCAGCAUGGUUAGUUCAGGACCCUUAACAGUGAUUCACUGCUGAUAUUUUGUAAUAGUUUAGUACAUGGGUGUCAAACUCGAUUGUGUCACGGCCAGAUCAUGACGUAUCAUGUUUUUGCCUUUGCGGAGCUGGGGUGGGCGUAGCCUGACAUGAUGUAUCUGGCCUGCGGGCCACCAGUUCGCCUGGUCUAGUACAAUUUAGGCCCAUAAUGGGAAACAAACUGUUUAUAUUAUGGAAAUUCCUCUGUGAUAGAACUGUUUGGAUAUAUUUUCUUAUUCAGAAUAAAAAAGAGAAAGUAGAGAUGUAUUUUGAAAAAAAAAACAUAAUUAAAUACAACACUGGAUUUAUAUGUAAAAUUUCAGAGAUUCUUUUUCCAUCUUCUCCCAUUAAACAUACUCCUCGAUUGAGCAUAUGUGUUUGUACAUGGGGUAGUUAGCAUUGUGCACAUGGCAACAGCAUAAACUCUGUAGAAUUCUAAUGUGAUUCUAUUUUUACUACAAAAGCAAUUACUCAAAACUGUUUUGUAGUUCACCCACAUUUAUUUUCAAAUAAAUAGAGGUGUGCAGGCAAUUAAAAUUAUAUGCCAAUUCAACAAUUUGUCAUAUCAUGUGAAACAUGUUUGAAGCCAGUAUGUUUCAUGUUUGGAAUUGAAAUUCCAAUACUAACCCUAACCCUAGACCUUGAUUCUUGAACUCAGCUCAGCUGACAAUAAUGUAUUGUAUUUUACAAUUUUUUAAAAAUUAGAUCCCAACAAGUGUUCAUGCAACUGUUUCACAGCAUGCCCACCAUAUACUUAAAAAAAACCAUACAAGUAUGGCAAUACUUUUCCACUCUUUAUUAUGUCUGUAGAUAACCACCUGGCAGCCCCAUGUAGUGUGACCCGAACCCUUUUAGAUAAAAGAUUUGGAAGUUCACAUACAAGGUCAUGCAGCUGAAUUUUCAGAGCAUCUAUUGGAUAAAAUUGCUUAAAUGUAUUCACCAGUCUUGACACCAGUUGAGAUGCCCAGGGACCAGUCUUUCCCUAUUAUCUGGGAACAGUUUGAAUAGAGUCGGCCUGAAUGUGAAUUCAACCAUCUGCUCAUUAAAUCCAUGUUCUUCCUGGCUUAGCUAAGGCUGCCUGGGGAUGACAUGUACCAUAGUUAGAUUUUAGCACUGGUGAACUCUUUCUUGAGAGAGGAAAAUAUUCUGCCCCUUAAGGAGGCAUUAGUUUGCCCCCUCCUCAAGAAGUCAUUGCUACACCCUAACAUAUUGGAUAAUUUUCAUCCAAUAACCAAUCUCUCUUUUGGUAGUUGUGAAUAGGGUGGUCACACAAAGUCUUCAGUUGGUAAAUUGGAUUAUCUGGACUCUUAGGUCAGGAUUCAAGCCUGGGCAUUAGAAGGAAAAUGACAUUGGUUGGACAUUUGGAUGAUUUCUGGCAUGAGCGGGAUAGGAAUAGUCCAGCCAUCCUGGUUCUUCUUGAUAUCUCACUGGCAUUCAAUACCAUCAAACACGGUAUCUUUCGAGAUUAGCUGUAUGGGGAGGAGUGGGCAGUAUUAAUGUUCUAGUUCGCUUCCUUUCUAUGGGACCAAUACCAGUCAGUGUUAAUUGAGUGUGAGAGUUCUCACUCUUGACCCCUAUUAUGUGGAGUCCUGUAGGGGUUGGUACUGUUUCCACUCCUGUUUAACAUCUAUAUAAAGCUGUUGGGUGAACAUGUGGCAGUUGUGGCUAGAAGACCUUUGUCCAGAUCCGUGUUGUGCUCCAACUGCAUCCAUUAUUGGAUCAUGAUGCUCUACUCAUAUUUAUUUAUGCCUUGGUCACCUCCUGAAUGGACUACUGUAAUGUGAUCUACAUGGAACUUGCCAGUUAAGCUUCCAGGUAUUUGAGUAUAUAGAAGCUUAACUGGUGCAAAAUGUGGUGGCAAUUAUGCAUGCCCCUAGGAUUGCUCAAAUUAUACCUCUGCAACAUGAAUUGCAUUGGUUACCAGUUUGCUUCCAGAUUCAAUUCAAGAUGCAGGAUUCCACCUUUAAACCCCUAGAUAGUAUGGGAUCACUGACUACCUUUUCCUGGUUAUAUCUACCCAUCCUAUGAGGUCUAACAGGAAAAACAUGUUAUGGGUUCCAUCUGACAGGACCAGAAUAUGAUCUUUCCUGCCACAGCAUCUAUCCUCUGGAACGUUUUUGAGGUAAGAUUUGUCCCCACCUUACUGACCUAUGAAUCUCUUAAAACAUGGUUUUUCCAGCAGCCUUGGAGACUCUAUGAAAAGAGCGAGGUUACAAACUGUUAUAUUGUGUAUAUGGGAUUGGUUUAGUGACAAAUCAGACCAAUCAGAACUGAAGAAGCUUCUCGGAUGAGAAGCCAAACAUUUUCAAGGUCUAGUUGUCUUGGUCAGAUAAGGCUUCUUUCUCACUAAGUAAAAUACUAGUUCUCAUUAAAUUUUGAUACAGUAAACUAUCACAGAUUACAGGUUAAUAAAACAACAGCUAUACAUGUUAUUCAUAGUGCUAGUCAGGAGGCAAGUUGCCUUGCAGUCAACUUUACAGGGCAGAGGUUAACUUUGUUGCUGAGGAAACAGGCUUUUUUUUCCCUUUUGGCAGACAUCUUGUGUUUAGAGCGCAUUCCUGUCAACUCUGAAGGAAGUUUUCUUUCUCUUAUUCCUGUCACCUGAGAAAGAAAAGCAGCUUAUGUCAAGGAAGGAGAAAGGCCAUAUGUUUUUGUGGGGUGGGGGUGGGGCCAGUCGAGGCAACUUUUUAAAUAAAGGAACUAAUUCCCCUUAUGCAGACAUGCCGCCCUAUCAAUGAUAUUCAUCAUGAUCGGUCCACUUGCUUCAGAAUAUCCUUAAGGUAAAAGAUAUGAAAGACGAACAUGGUGGGGCAUUGUACAUAAUGAGUGACAAAAUUUCACAGCUUUAAUGCUCGGAAAAUAUGAUUUCCCACGAAAGCUAACAGAUUAAGUCAUUGGCCGAAAUACGAAGUACACAUUUCUUUGAGAGUAACUGCAAAUGCGCCAUUCCCGUUUUUUCCUUGUCAUCCUAGAGGAGACACCCUUUAUUCUGUCCAUCUGAAGCCGUCUUACCCCUCCCUUCUCUUUAUCGAAGCUUGCAACAAGACUUCUUUCUUUCUACGCUUUUGGCGUGCCGCUGCUCCCACAAGAUGGGCAUUGUUUCCUCUCACUGUACGCGAUUUGCGCAGCCCGGCGAUUAAGCCCGAGGCCGUGAGCAAAACGCUACGCCAGACGUCUCGCUUACAGUACUGUGGCUUUCGUAUACGGUGAUAGCGUAAGAGUGCGACGGCAGCGGAGCACAUACGGUACCCCUCCCCGUGUUCUCGACACUCUUUGACUUACAGUAGUGCGGCUGGGCUCAAGCCUCGCGUUGGGAGACGCUCUCUGCAACGGGUGUCCGAAGCGGAAAGGGGCGAGUGAUUCCCAAUCUUCGGUUACGCUGCUUGCGUAGUAUGCGCCGAAGAAGAAAUCCCGGGCAGCGCUUUUCUCCACCCGCUGCCUCUGCGCCGUUGACGUAGUAUGCCCCAAGAUGGCGCCGCGGUCGUCGUCGUUGGCGGCGGUGGCCGAAACGCUGGCAGAAGCUGCGGUCCUAGCCCUGGAGCAGCAGAGAGCGGGAACAAGGCGGCGGGUGGACGGCGACAGUAUUUGUAGCAAGUAGCGGUGCAGAGGGGGCUUCCCCUCCUUUUCGGCUGUUGUGUGAGGAGGCAGAGACUCUCUGGGAUAGCGGGUCCUCCGCCCCCUUCAGGCAGGGAGACCCUCCAACCUAACCCGCGUGCGGAGCCGACACCCUUUUCUCGGAUCAUCUCGCUGCUGCCUCCCUAGUGGGCCUCCCCACCCUUUCCCCGACCGGAGAUGAUGAAGCUCAAGUCCAACCAGACUCGAACCUACGACGGGGACGGGUACAAGAAACGGGCGGCUUGCCUCUGCUUCCGCAACGAGAGCGAAGAGGAGGUGCUGUUAGUUAGCAGUAGUCGUCAUCCUGACAGAUGGAUUGUCCCUGGAGGUGGAAUGGAGCCUGAAGAGGAGCCUAGUGUGGCUGCUGUGCGGGAAGUUUGCGAAGAGGCUGGAGUGAAAGGGACAUUAGGAAGAUUAGUAGGAAUUUUUGAGAACCAAGACAGGAAACACAGAACGUAUGUUUACGUACUUAUUGUCACAGAAGUAUUGGAAGAUUGGGAGGAUUCUGUGAAUAUUGGAAGGAAAAGGGAAUGGUUUAAGAUAGAUGAUGCCAUAAAAGUUCUGCAGUAUCACAAACCUGUACAGGCUUCAUACUUUGAAACCUUAAGGCAAGGCUAUUUGGCUAAUAAUGGCACUCCUGUGGUGACCACUUCAUUCUCGAAGGAGAGCACACUAUCCGACAUCAGAUGACUGAAGAUAAUCAUAUCAGAGAAGUUUGAAACAUAGACUGAAACUUGGAUUUCCUUUCUUCCCCUCUUCUCGCCGCUUUCACAUGCGUUCUUUGGUAAACAAGACAUGUGCAGCAGCCUUUGGCAGAGCAGAUGUUUGAGUGUUGCAUUAUAGUGCAAAGUGGGUGGUUUGGGGUUUUUUUGUUUUUGCUUUUUCUUGGAUAUGUAUUUUGUAAUACACAUUUUGUGCAUGAAGUGCCCCUUCCCUAUUAACAAAAAAAUUGACAAUGUGAACAGCAAGGCUAUUACUUUCAUCUAUGCCUUGUCUUCUGAAAUGUUCUUGUAUAUACUAUUCCAACCAUAGCCAAAUCUCUUAUCUUUUCAGUAAAGAAGGCUACAAAUGUGAGAUCAAUUCUUUAUGUCUUAGAUUUUGUACUGUAAGGUACUGUUGAGGUCUGUGUGGUGGCCACUUGCUCCACAUCUGCACGUAACAUUUUUUAGAGGGAGAAAUCUAACACUGAUUUUGCAAGAUUUUUUUUAAAAAAAACACAAGCUGCUUCUAUAAAGAGGGCUUCAUAAACUUGUCUGCCUUGUUCUUUAAAAAAAAAAAAUCUUUACGACAGUGUUAGUGGCUGAGCCAGUUUCAUUCCCUGCAUCCUAUUCCCUGACCCAAACUUAAUACAAUGAGACUGGAAGGAGACUUGCAAAGCAUCCCUGAUGCUCAAUUCUUUCUAUAGUUUCAACCAUUAUGUCAUGUAACAAUGGACAGAAUCACAAAGAAUUGGUUAUCAUUCAUUCAAAAGCAUAUGGGGUCAGAAACCUAAUGAAUUCCAAUUUCAGUAAAUAGGAAUCAGGGAUUCGAAAUGAGUUUAAAAAUGUGAACUGGAACAUCAAGCACUAAUGUGUAAAAUGAUUUAUCUUCCUGUUGCAUACUGCUGGUGUCUUUUUUUGGUCCAUAUGCCUUACAUCUUACUGAACUGGAUAUUGUAAUUUGUGCUAAAGCAUUGGAUUGUACUUUGAGUGUCACCUCAUGGUGGGACAGUCACUUUAUGUCCCUGAAAAGAAUUCCCAGGGAAAAAUUCAAGUGUCCAGUCUCCUUUGUCUGUAAUAUUGUAUCAUGGAGCACACUCAGAAUUAUAGACUUAAUUUCUUAAGCAGCAAAGGUACAGCUAGUUCCCAAGUAGAAUUGUUUAUAUGGGGAUCUGUGUCAUUUAAUAGGAUAGUUAACCUGAUACAUUGGCACACAUCACAUUUUUGUUUCUGUUGAUGUUUCAUACUGUCUUGAUUUGCCAAUAGUGUUGUCUUGUUUUUUUGGAACGGGCUGUGGGAGGGGGUGGAUCUGGGUAGUUUGGGGAGGGGCAUUAGUUCAUCCCUGGCUUGAGACAGGACCUAGUUGCUAUAUUUGGUGACUACUUCUUUGUCACAGUAUAGCUAAGAUGUGAAAUUAAACCUGCAGUACUCCAAUUUAAUAGAUAAUUCUCCCUCCCCCUUAUAUGCUUAAAAUACAUUUAAAAUAUUCUGAAAUAGUCAUACAGCCUGAUGAAAAAUAAAUUAGUAUAGUUUCUUCAAUGGACAGUUGCUAUAGAACCAAUAAUACGUUUUUUUUAGUUUUGAAUUCCCUACUUUCUGUUAAUAGGAUAGGAUUUCUUAAUAUGGUAUCACUGAAACCAAAAGCAAUACACAGUACAUGCUGAAAGGUGCAGUUGAAACAAGUGGCUUAAACUUGAUCUUGAACAAAUGAAAAAUUAUGUUAUGCCACUUUAUUGCCCUUCAUUUUAACAAAUAAUAAAAUUUAGCUGAAUGAGCUUGACUAAUGUCUUGAAGCGUACAAUACAAUAAUUAUUUAUUUUACUAAGUAUACGUGUAACACUAUCCAGGAUAGCAAACUAUUGCCUUUAACUAAAGGUUUUGUGUCUCAUUGAACUGAUUAGGACACAGACAACUGAAAGAGAACUGAGACUCCUGAUGGAGAGACUGCAGUUUUAAUAUCUAUAGCAUGCACACUUUUUUAAAACUCUAAAAUGUUUUUAUAGGGCUGUUAAACUGACACUUUAGAAUAGAAUAUUGUUAAUGAUAUUCUAAUAGUGAUUUCUUGUUUGUUUGGGAAAAAUAAAUUGUGCCAAGAAAGUAGUUUAAUGUGGGAUGAAUUGAUGCUGUUUAUACAACUGCACUGAGUUGCUGAUGUUUGCCUUCUGAACUGGAAGUGGAAGAUGUGUCUCCUGGGGUAUAAACUGUCUGGAUUAUUGGUAAACUUCCUCCUGUUUACUAAAAUUCACUAUUACACCUCCUUUUAAUGCACUAUAUUCAUACCUUUCCCAGCAUCUCAGGGUACUCUGUAAUAAACAAGCCAAGAAGCUGUAGUAAUACAAUGAAAAUGCAUUAUAUCAAUUCACUUUUUCACAUUUCUAAUUACACUGGAAGUUCCCACAUUGUCAAAACAUGUAUCAAGAAAGAGAAUUUUCAAAUACAGUUUAUUCUAAGUAGGCAAGUUGGUCACCAUAUUGGACUUUAAACAUUUUAAUCCUUCAGUGAUUGCUGGAUUUGUCGAUUAAAAUGCAGAUUGUUUUGAUCUUUAUUUACAAAACUCUUAACUUUACAUACUGAAAUUAAGAAUUGCUGGCAGGAA